AUGAUACCCGGAAUGCGGGCGACACCACCGACGGAAUCGUUUAGCUUCGUGUAUAGUUGUGAUCUACAAACGAAUGUUCAAAUCAAAGUCGCCGAGUUUGAGGGCAUUUUUCGAGAUGUUAUCAAUCCAGUGAGAAGACUGAGUCAGGUGUUCGCGGAGAUUACGGUCUACUGUAACAACCAACAAAUCGGCUACCCCGUCUGCACAUCCUUCUCAACCCCACCCGAUUCCUCUCAACUCGCGCGUCAGAAGCUCAUCCAACGAUGGAACGAAUGGCUGACCCUUCCGAUCCGUUACGCCGACCUAAGCCGCGACUCCUUCCUCCAUAUAACCAUUUGGGAGCACGACGACGAUGCAGAAGCGGCAAACUCGACAUUUCCACGUCGCCUCGUUGCUCAGUCCAGAAUCUCGAUGUUCUCAAAAAGGGGGAUUCUGAAGUCGGGUGUGAUCGACGUGCAGAUGACGAUAUCCACUGAACCGGAUCCGUUCACAAAACAGGCGGAGACUUGGAAAUUCUCGGACACUUGGGGAGAGGAAAUUGAUUUAUUGAUCAAACAGGUCAAUAGACAAUCCAGGGGCCUGAUUGAAGACGUUCAGUGGUUGGAUCCGUUCGUCGCGAGAAGGAUCGAGUUGAUUCGUGCCAAAUAUAAGCACAUGUCACCCGAAAGACACAUAUUUUUGGUGCUGGAAAUGGCGGCGAUCCGGUUGGGACCCACUUUUUAUAAGGUGGUUUAUUAUGAGGAUGAGAGCAAGAAUAUGCGUAUCUCAGCCUCAGCAGUAACGAGUGGAACCUCCUGCAACCGCUACUGUCUUUCCGACCCGGAACUCCUGCUGGAUUCUCUUGCAGAAGUCAAACACAGUGCAAUGACACGUCGAAUCCGGGAUUCUGGAGACGAACGUCAUAGACAAGUGAAACCGAAUAAACAGGCAAAGGAUCGACUGGAAAUGAUUGUCAACUUGCCGUCAUCGCAAGUUUUGACUCGAGAACAGAGGGAUCUGGUUUGGAAGUUCAGACACUAUUUGAGGCAGUUUCCAAAGGCUUUGAAUAAGUAUUUGAGAUCCGUCAACUGGGCUCAACCCCAGGAAGUAAAAAUGGCGUUGGCUCUGAUGAACGAUUGGGAGCUCAUCGAAGCAGAAGACGCUCUAGAACUCCUCUCCUCGGCAUUCACACAUCCAGCGGUUCGUGCCUACUCAGUGUCACGUCUUCUAGAAGCGGCGUCGCCAGAACAAGUGCUUCUGUAUCUGCCUCAACUGGUACAGGCGUUGAAAUACGAGCAUAAUCAACAGAAAAUGGAUGAGCAGCAGCAGAAGGAAGAAGGGUCGGAGGAGAUCCAGAAGGCGUUGACACCUUCUGAAGAUCCGGCAUCUGGAGAAGCAGGGACGACGAAGAAGGAGAAGAGGAAGGCACCGCCUAGUGGAGACUUGGCAACGUUCUUGAUUGACUACGCCCUGGCCUCUCCCAAAGUGUCCAAUUACCUCUAUUGGCAUCUAAAAACGGAAAUCGAAUCGACGAAAACCACCGAGGAGCACCUCUCAAACAUGUAUCAAAGAAUCCAGGACCGUCUGAAAGAGGCCCUCGAAAAACGACAUGACACACGGGAUCAGGUGGAUUCCCUUCAGAAACAACAGAUCUUUGUUGAGGAUCUAAUUGUGUUGAUGAACGAGGCCAAGGCAAGAGGAGGACGGUUGAACGAUGGAAAAUCGGCGGAAUUCCGGACGAUGCUGUCGAGAGCCAAGCAUAUGCUGGACUUGAAAGGAGUUCAUCUACCGCUGGAUCCGAGUUAUCGAUUGAUUUCCGUGAUUCCGGAUACCGCGGGAUUCUUUAAGUCAGAAAUGAUGCCCGCGAAGAUUUCGUUUAAGGUGCAACCAGUGACUGGAAAAGUGGACAAGAACUUCCUUGAGGAGUACACUGUGAUUUUCAAAACGGGCGACGAUUUGCGGCAAGAUCAGCUGAUUCAACAAAUGGUCCGACUGAUUGAUAUCAUUUUGAAAAAGGAGCAAUUGGAUUUGAAGUUGACACCCUAUUUGGUCCUAGCCACAGGUGUCGGCCAAGGAUUCGUGCAGUGCAUCAAAUCAAAGCCGCUGCGAGCGAUUCAAGAACAAUACAAAGCCCAUAAGCUGGAUUGUAUUCGAGAGGCAAUGAAAGAAUUGAGGCCAGGCGAUGGACCGUUUGGAAUCGAACCGAAUGUUAUCGAUAAUUAUGUACGCUCGCUUGCGGGCUACUCGGUGAUUAUGUACAUUUUGGGACUUGGCGAUCGUCAUUUAGAUAACUUGCUACUUUGUGAGAAUGGAAAAUUGUUCCACGUGGAUUUCGGAUUCAUUUUGGGACGCGAUCCCAAACCGAUGCCUCCGCCGAUGAAGCUGACUUCCGAAAUGGUUCAGGUAAUGGGUGGAGCCAAAUCUCAACAAUUCCUGGAAUUUGUUCAACACGUGGAUUCUGCGUAUCGUAUCCUCAGAAGACACUCGAACGUCCUUCUGAAUUUGUUCUCGUUGAUGCUGGACGCCGGAAUUCCCGAUAUCGCUUCCGAGCCCGAUAAGGCUAUUUUUAAGAUUGAACAACGUCUCCGGCUGGAUUUGUCGGACGAAGCGGCUACCAAGCACAUUUUCACACAAAUCGAAUCGUCGUUGAACGCGAAAAUGGCCAUGAUUUCCGAUAUUAUUCAUGCCUAUAAACAGAAUUUGAUGUGA